CUUCAAAAGCAAAGUGAGCACCAACACUUGCUCCUCACCCCGCCCACUGACUGCAUUAAGGGUCUCAUCACCACAUAUGCCAUAAGUUAAGCACAAUUAUCAGAGUACGGUCCUUGACAUCAACUCAGCUGCAGAAAUGAGUAAUCAAGGAGUGAUUUACACAGAACUGAAUCUUGGCAAGAACCCAAAGAAGCAACGAAGAAAAUAUAAGGACAUUAAAAGCUCCAUUUCAGUAACUGAGGAGGAAAUAACCUAUGCAGAUUUAAAUCUUCAAAAUUCUUCUCAAGAACAUCCAGGGAAUGACAAGGACAACCACUGCAAAGAGUUUCCAUCACCUCCAGAGAAGCUCAUUGCUGGGAUCCUGGGAAUCACCUGCUUUGUUUUAAUGGUCACUGUGGUGGUGAUGAUUACAGUUGUUAUUCCAUCUACUGUAUUACAGGAGGAGAAUAAUUCUUCCCUGAUAGGAACCCAGAAAGCAUAUCAUUGUAGACGUUGUCCAAAGGAAUGGUUAACAUAUUCGAAUAACUGUUACUACAUUAGCAUAGAAAAAGUGACUUGGAAUGAGAGUUUGGUGUCCUGUGCUUCUAAGAACUCUAAUCUGCUUUAUAUAGACAAUGAAGAAGAGAUGUCUUUUCUACAUUCCCUCUCACUUCUGUCAUGGGUUGGAGUCUUUCGUAAGAGCAAGGAUCAUCCAUGGGAAUUGAUAAAUGGCUCAACUUCCAAAUUAAAGGUAAAGGAAUCAUCAGAUGAUGAACGUAACUGUGCUAUGCUGUACUCAUCUGAGCUUAAAUCAGACAGUUGCGUAUCUUCGAAUACAUACAAUUGUAAACAUAAGCUUUAACAUUAAUAUACCUAAAUCUGAAGUCUGUCAGGUAAUUUUGUAUUUUAUGAGUGGAAAUAAUAUUAAGAUUGCUUUAGUCUUAGAAUGGAAUUAUAUCAUUUGUUUUAAUAACAAAAAUUUUCAAAAACAAUUAUUGAAUUCUAUUAUAUGCCAAAAAUAAAAAUAAUAAUUUGUGUCUGUCUUUUUUUACUCAAUAUUGUAUUCAUGACAUUCAACCUUUAUAAAGAUUCCAUGUUACCUGAGUCCAUUUCUGUGAAAUGCCAAAAACAGACAAACCUGUGGAAACAGUGUGGAUUAGUGGUUACCGAGGGCUAAGAUUAUGACGCAAUGGAACAUGACCACUACUAAGUAUGUGUUUUUUUUUUUCGGAGUGAUGGAAAUUGUUUAGAUUUCUGAUAGCAGUGAUGAUUGUAGCUAUGUGCAUAUUCUAAAAAUCACUGAUUUAUAGAAUUUAACAGUAUGAAUUUUAUGCUGGGUGCUUCAAUGAUGCUGUUAAAACAUUUUUUCCAGUAUUAUCUUUGAGAUUGCAUUGACUCAGGUAAAGUUUAGUCAUCCUUAUAAUAUUGACUUUUCUAGUAAAUAUCAUGCUAUGUCCUUCAACAUAUUAGGGUUAUUUAAUUUUUCUUGAUCACAUGUUCUUUUGAUAUUAGUCUUACAGAAAUUUAAGUAUUCACAAUAAUGGUUUUGUAAAUGACAUACUUAUUUUUAAAUGUAAAUUGAUUUUAGUAAUUUUUGUUGCUGCAAAUAAAAUUAUAAUUGAUGUUUGCAUGUUGAUCUUACA